CCAAAGGAAGGCACUGGAAGCGCUGAUCCAGGCCCACGUUCCAGGUCCGUUCCCAGUUCCCCGCCUGGGGAACGCUCUCCUGGGCCAUGGCUCAUGGGCUGGUGACUUGAGUUGCUACUAGACUUUAGCCUCCACUCAGCCCCUCCGACCAAUGUCCCUGCGACCAGGACGCGUGACCAAGACCAAAGACGGCCACGAAGUGAGGUCCUGCAAGGUGGCCGACAAGACGGGCAGCAUCACCAUCUCCGUGUGGGACGAGAUCGGAGGGCUCAUCCAGCCGGGGGACAUCAUUCGGUUGACGCGGGGGUAUGCAUCCAUGUGGAAAGGGUGCCUGACGCUUUAUACCGGAAGGGGCGGGGAACUCCAGAAAAUCGGGGAGUUUUGUAUGGUUUACUCAGAAGUGCCAAAUUUCAGUGAACCCAAUCCAGAUUAUCGAGGACAACCGAACAAAGGGGCACAUAGCGAGCAGAAGAAUAAUUCCAUGAAUGGUAAUAUGGGUACAGGUACAUUUGGAUCAGUGGGAAACGGGAUUCAGCCCGGCCCAGAACCACGGGCAUGCCAGUUUUCCUUUGCUGGUAGAAGCAGUGGCCGGGGGCCUGGGACUCCGCAGCCAGCUGGAGCAGCUGGCAGCCAGACAGGCAUGGCCACUAUAAGUAAUGGCAGGGACCCUCGGAGAGCCUUGAAAAGAUGACCGAUGCCAAACACCCACAUGUAGUUUGUGAACUACGUGCCCUACUUGAACACUCACUGCACUUUUAUUUAUGGUUAACUGUGAAAACGUCUUUGUCGGUUUCCUUUUAUGUUGUUGGUUUGUUCACAAGAGUUGUUUGCUUUUAUAGCAAGACGGUUAAGCUGCUCGAGUCUCCUGUGGAAGAACGGGAACACAUUGAAAAGUAGGGGUGUUGAUUUCUAGAGCCAAAAUGUCUUUGGGUAGCCUCCACAGCCUGCCCCCGUCCACGGGGGAGCUACUUAAGACAUCAGCAUUACAGCCUCUGUGAGUCUAUCUUCUGCGGACAGUUUGUAAUAUUUAAAAUAAGGCUUAGUGGGAGCUGUUCUCUGUCUUACAGUCAGAUAUUGCCAACUAAAGCGAUAACCACCAAAAAAAAAAAAAAGCCACCAAAAACUUAAUCAAUGCUAACAGUGAUUUGUGAGUGUCUGUGACUUCUGGAAUGACUGGCUUCUUCACCGAGUGACUGCUGUUAGUGUUUUCCAAGGACUGAAUCAUCCUGAACUCCUGUUUUAUUACCAAAAAACCAUAUUCCUGGUCAGAAUUAUAGACCAGAGGCCGAUCUGUAGUAUAACAAGUGAUUUUUAGAAGAAAGCUGCGUUCACUUUACUUCAGUUACUCUUUAUCAUCGUUGUGCAUUACACUGAAGGAAAAUUUAGAGCUGAGGCCUUGAUUAUUUAUUUUUUUGAAACGAUCACGUCAAAUGUUAAAGUAUAAUUUGAAGGCGGUAUAAGCCUAAUAAACAUGGAUCUGAUGAUAAAAAUUAUGGGAGGUAAACAUAGGGAAGGCAAUUCAAGUUGAACCCAUGGAGAAAACAGCAAUCUAUGUUAGAGGGCCCUAGGUUCUGCAGAAACUCAGCCAGCCUAGGUGCUGUCUUUAUUUGAAGGGUGUGGUGUGUGUAGUGUGUGUUGUGUAUCGUCAAAGUUCCUGAACACAGAUUACAAAGCCUUAUCAGCAAAAGCUAAGACAUGGCUCUCUCAGAAGAGAAGACAGCUUUAUUCAGAAAUGUUAAGAGUUUGCUUCUGUGUUGUAAUCGCUCCCCAGGUCCCCUCUCUCUUGCAGGGUGGAUAACUGGUCAACCUUCCUUUGUGAGAAUCCUACCCUUGAUUAUGUCUUGAAUAAAAGUGUGCAUUCAUGGUAACAGA